AUGAGUCAAACGUCUAACAGGAGCGUGGUGGGGGGCAGCAGUGCGGGUGGUGGUGGUGUGUGGGUGACUCCAUUCCUGGGCGCCACACUGGUAACGAUGUGUAUUUUGGGUGUGGCAGGAAACCUGUACACCCUGGUCAUAAUGCGCUCGGCCACAUUACGGCGGGCCGGAUCCAUGUACGUCUUCAUUAUAAACCUGGCAUUGGCCGACUUGCUCUACCUGGGCACCAUCCCGUUUGUGGUGUGCACGUACUUCGCCCAUGAUUGGUUCUUUGGGGAAUUGGGCUGUAGGCUGCUCUUGAGCCUGGAUCUCCUCACCAUGCACGCCAGCGUGUUCGUCCUGGUCGCCAUGAGUCUAGAACGAUACCGGGCUGUGGCGACCCCAUUCGGAGCGCGUCGUUCGACAGUCCGCGGACACUGGCUGAUGGCGUUGGGCAUCUGGGCGGCGGCAUUCGUCCUGACGCUUCCCAUGAUGGUCAUGAUCCGUCUGAGAGAGGGGCGACCGGCAGCGGUGGGACUUGUCAAACGCAUCUGCUUUCCCACGUGGACACCCGAGGCCUUCAGAGCUUAUCUCACCGCCCUGUUCUUCACCAGCAUGCUAUUGCCCGGCCUGCUGAUGGUGGGACUCUACGCCGGUCUCGCCCGACACUACUGGGCAGCGCAGAGCAAUCUGGCCCAGCGAGGGACGAGCGGAAGCCGAUCUUCAUCGUUCGUGCGGAGACGGAGACUGAAGUGCAGAGUAGUGGGAAUGAUCUUCUGUAUCGUGGUGGCAUACUGGGCGUGUUUCCUGCCUUUCUGGGGGUGGCAGAUGGCGAAACUCUUUUCCUCUGAGUCUCUGCGUUCACUGUCGCCUGCCGCUCACACGUACGUCAACUUCUUCGUCACCUGCCUGACGUACGGCAACAGCUGCGUCAACCCGCUGCUCUACACGCUGCUGACGCGUAACUACCGGGACUACCUGAGCCAGAGAGGUCAGUCCUCGUGUGGGAGUCGAGGUGAUCAGGGUUCGGCUGUGGCAAUCAAUGCACUCCAGGAUCAUACAGGCUGA